AUGUCCGACACAGUCACCCUCUAUACAUAUUUCCGCUCCUCCUGCUCGGCCCGACUACGAAUCGCCCUACACCUCAAAGAAAUCCCCUUCCACCCUAUUUUCGUCAAUCUCCUCCGCGACGAACAAUCCUCGGAAUCCCACCGCGCAAUCAACCCAUCCGGCACCGUCCCAGCCCUAGUCGUCCAACAAGGCUCCAAGGCCCCAGUCACAAUUACUCAAUCCCUCGCGGCCCUAGAAUACCUCGACGAAGCAUUCCCGGACAAAGGACCUUCCCUCCUUCCAUCGGAUCCCGAAACACGCGCCCUGGUCCGCACCCUCGCCCAGAUCAUCGGCUGUGACAUCCAGCCUGUGACGAACCUGCGCAUUCUGAAGCGCGUGGCGCCCCUCGGUGCAGACCGCGCUGUGUGGUCGAAGGAUCUAAUUGAAGACGGAUUGCGUGCCUACGAGGCUAUUGUUUCUCGCUCCGCUGGCAAGUUCAGCGUCGGUGAUCAGAUUACGCUUGCGGAUAUUUGUUUGAUUCCUGCGGCUUGGGGGGCUGAGCGGGUUGGUGUGGAUCUGAAUGGGUUUCCGGUGACGAAUGGAAUUGUGCAGCGACUUGAAGAGGAACAGUCGGUUCGGUUGGGGCAUUGGAGGACGCAGCCUGAUACCCCCGAGGAAUUUCGGGUGAAGCAGGAGUAA